CCCUCUUCGCCUCCCGCCAGCCGGGGCUUGGGCUUUGCACCCGGCGGCGACUGAGAACCGUGGAGGUUGCACAGCCGGUAGCGCAGACGGGCGGAGCGGAGCUGCCCAGCCUGGUGGCGGGCGAUGCCCCCGUGAGCCUCUCUCGCCGCCCCUCCCCGCCCCGCGCCCCUAUCCCCUCGGAGUCCGCCGUCCGCCUGGGACCGGGCCGCGCCUACCGCCGGGUCCGCGGGGCGGGGUCCCGGGGCAACACCUGCCCCGCCUUGCAGAGCCGCCUCGGCCAACGGAGACCCCUUCCUGUCUGGACCCCAGGCCCACCUACGGACUCAUCACAUCACCUCCUCCUGGGAACUACCCUGAUUGCCUUCACCCCCUUUCUUGAAAACCGGUGGUGUCUCUGCAGAAGUUCACUGAAGCCUCGUGUUAAUGUCCUAGGGGAGUGCUGUCGGGAGGGGACAGCCCCCUGUGAUGCGGAGCACCACGCUCAGAUUCAUCGGCUUCGAGUUGUCUGAGGCCCUGCUGCUCCUUGGACCAUGUUUAACGGGGAGCCCAGUCCGGCCUCAGCCACAGGCCCCAGGAAUGUGGUUCGGAGCUCCAGCAUCAGUGGCGAAAUCUGCGGAUCCCAGCAGGCUGGGAGUGGGACGGGAACCACCACAGCCAAGAAGCGGCGCAGCAGCCUUGGGGCCAAGAUGGUGGCCAUUGUGGGCCUGACCCAGUGGAGCAAGAGCACGCUCCAGCUCCCCCAGCCUGAAGGGUCCACCAAGAAGCUGCGCAGCAACAUCCGCCGGAGCACCGAGACGGGCAUCGCGGUGGAAAUGCGAAGUCGCGUCACGCGCCAGGGCAGCCGGGAGUCCACCGACGGGAGCACCAACAGCAACAGCUCUGACGGGACGUUCAUCUUCCCCACUACCCGGCUCGGGCCCGAAAGCCAGUUCAGCGAUUUCCUGGAUGGGCUGGGACCAGCCCAGAUUGUGGGGCGACAGACACUGGCAACCCCACCAAUGGGGGAUGUACACAUCGCCAUCAUGGACCGGAGUGGCCAGCUGGAGGUGGAAGUGAUUGAGGCUCGGGGUCUGACCCCCAAACCUGGCUCCAAAUCCCUCCCAGCCACCUAUAUCAAGGCUUACCUGCUUGAGAACGGGACCUGCUUGGCCAAGAAGAAGACAAAGGUGGCCAAGAAGACCUGUGACCCCCUGUACCAGCAGGCUCUGCUCUUUGAUGAGGGACCGCAAGGCAAGGUGCUGCAGGUAAUCGUCUGGGGAGACUACGGCCGCAUGGAUCACAAGUGCUUCAUGGGCAUGGCCCAGAUCAUGCUGGACGAGCUGGACCUGAGUGCCGCCAUCACCGGCUGGUAUAAACUCUUCCCCACCUCCUCCGUGGCAGACUCUACACUCGGAUCCCUCACGAGGCGCCUGUCCCAGUCCUCCCUGGAGAGUGCCACCAGCCCCUCAUGCCCCUAAGGACCUCAGGAAGAGGCCGGGACGCGGUGUGGGAAGGGGUGCCUGCUGGUCCCCCACCUCCUCCCCUGUACAUAGUCAGGUCUUUCUGGCCCCCUUGCCCUGCUGCAUGCUGUUGGCUACUGGGCCCAUCCCAGCUGGCAGUGGAGACUGUAGUGCGUGUGCGUGUGUGUUUGUGUGUGUAUGUGUGUCUGUGUGUGACCAUGUUCUAUCUGUUCAUUUGUCUGGUUAUAGUCUGUCUUGGUGACUACAUGAACUGAAAUCCAUGUCUUUCUGUGUCUUGUUGAAAAGAAACCCAAAGGACUGUUGUGUGGAUACGACUCCCCCUCGGUCCAGGGAUGGAAGAGGGGGAUGUGGCCAUUGGUCCAUCCUGCCUGUUCCCGUGCCUGGGGCAGAACCCACGUGUCUCCACCUGUGCUCCUCUUGAUGGUCCCUGCUUAGUUUUCUGUCCUGUUCUUUGUUCUACCUUUGCCUCUCCCAGCACUGCUGCUUUUUUUUGAGGAAUGUAGCGUCCACUACAGCUGGCCACACUGAGGCCCCUCUGGGAACCCUGACACCCCUCCCCCCACCCAAAUGCUCUGGCAGCUUUUCCCACUGAAUGCAUCUGCGACAUGUAGCGUGCUCCUCUAGUACCCUGGCCAGGGCUCUGGGGAGCAGAGAUGCCUGGGGAGCUGAGGGCUUGAGAUGGCUUCCUCCCUUGGCCUGGAGCCACCUCCUUCCUACAAGCAAAACAUGAGGAGGUCUUAGUUUCCAGGGUUGUUGGCCAGAUCCCUUAGAGGGAAUUGCCAGUACCUCCCUUAGCAUUGCUCUUCACCUUCUGUCUUCCUCCAAGCCCCCUCCCCUCCAACAUGCCAAAGGAGUUCUCCCAGUGGCCCCCAGGUGAUGUGGACGGGAGGGUCUUGACAUCCAGGAAGCUGGUCUCAGAGAGGAUGUAACCUGCCAAAGCAGACAGUCCCUGAAGGCACCUGAGUCCUCCCUAAGCCCUAAGCAUGGCCCUGCCCCCUGCUGGGCUCAUCCUGGUGAGGCCUGGCUUGUGAGGAGGUGCGGAGGGUAGGGCUGUUUGUUGGAAUAAGGAGAGUGGGGCUAACUUGCUCUGAGCCACUGUUGAGAAACCUGUCUGAGCUUUGGGGAUUAGCUGCAUGAUGUUGAUCAUUUGGGGCUCUAUUUCUUUCUUGUUUCCAGACCAGGGUCCCUGUCUGGGAGCUCAGACUCAUGGGCUCCAGCCUCCUAGCUCCACGGACAUCCUGACUCUGGACUCUAGACUGUCACAGUCACCAGCUCUGUACAAGCAAUACUCACCCCUCUCAGCCUCUCUGCCUCCUUGCGCUCCACCACUGCCCUCUGGAGAGCAGUCUGACCUGCUUUAGGCACCAAAACUGCCUCUUCUUUUUUUCUACCCCUGUAUGGUUGGAGCUUCCCAAAUCCACUCAGACCCUGACUUGAUCUUACAGCUGGGCCUUGUGGGUGGAGACCAGUGCCUGGACUGGACCUCGUGAGAUGUCUACUAGGAAUCCUGAAGUCUGGCUCAGGAAGGCUCAGAUUUGUCCCUCUCCCUCCUCAGGUCUAGGAUGAAAGGUGAGAGGUUGCCCAGGAGAUAGACAUAGCAGGCCGUGGGUCCAUGUCUGGUGCGGAGGACAGAGGUGGCCGGAGGGGUCAAGGUAUGGGCAGGCUCUGCCUCCUCCCCAGACAUCAUCCCCAGUGCUGCAGUGACUCUGAUCAUGUAUGCCAUGGCGGUCACAGACAUAGAGUGUGUAAUCCGGGCAGUAAGGAAACAAACACGGUGAGCUCCUGGGCUCCUGUCUCCUGCUGGAACCUCUGUUCGUGUAUCACAGAUGAGAACCGUAGGGCGCAUGGAGGAGGGGGAGGAGGUGGCUGGGUCUUGUUUUCUUUCUGCAGAAACUCUCUCCCGUUGUCGGGACUGGGUAGUGCAUGCAUUUCUCAUGUUUCUGAAAUGAAGUAAAGGGCUGUGUACCCUUUGAUCCCAGGGUGGGAAGAGGGCGGAAACUUGCUCACAGAAGGGGUGUUUUUAUGUCCUGUUUGUGAUGUGUUCCCCUCUAGAGAGGUCACCCUCAGGAUGGUGUGAAAAUACACCUUGGGGUGAUGGGAUUAUUCAUGAUAGUAUAGACAUCUGCUGAUGUAGCACCAAGUGAUGAUCCCCAGACUAUGCAGUCACCCCCAGGGAAUGGGGGAUAUCACUGAGAGAUAUCACCCUCAUUCGUCCAGGGGCCCCGAAAGACCAUGAGAGAAGGCGGGAGCUGCCAGCGGAGAGGCUACCGCUGGGUAGUUGGAGGGGCUGGUGUCCCUUGCCUCUGUGGGACAGUUGGUUAGCACAGAGGACGUUCCAGCCAGAGGCGGGGCCUGGCGUGCUGGUAAUUGGGGCUAAGAUGCCUGCAAUCCCCAACUGCCAAAACUGCCCAGGAGUGGGGCCACUCCACGAACCCACCUCCCUAAUGGGAAGUAAUUCCCACCCCCAAGUAGACCUUGGGAAUUAUUCUUUUUAACCCUUUGUACCAAAUAAGUGAUUAAUCCCCCACCUGGAUUUUCCCCCAUGGGGGUGAAGUCGUGUGGGGCUGCUGGAUUUAUGGGUCUGUUUCUCGGCAUCCCGAACGUAGGGGCUUGUCUGAGAAGUCACUCUGGAGCUAGUCUGUCCCAGGAGAGGAGGGAGUUCAAGUGUGACUCCUGGCCUUUCCUGGGGUGGGGCGCGUCUGUCCUUUGAAGAGAGGAUGGUGGGGAUGGAAGCAACAUAAUCCUCCCUGAGUUCUCCCCAACCUGGGACCAACUCACUGGAGCCAACUCUGGCUCUAAGUGGCCCCUUACCCCAGGUGAAACCAGGAGCUGGUUGCAGGCUGGGGCUCUCUGACAUUCCAUCUUCCUCUGCUCAGGAAGGAUUUGUGAAAGAUAUGGCAGAGACAGAAAUGGCCCUGCAGCGAUGCCGGGCUGUGGGCAGGGACCGUGAUGAAUGAUUCAGAGCAUCUGUCUUCACACGUCUGCUCUGUUCAAUCUGUCCCACUUCCUUCGUAGACUCCUUCCCUACAGGGAAGUCUGUGAUGGGCCUUUGGUAUGAAUCCGGCUCCACUAAAUGGGCCAAGUCUUGGUUUGACAAGGGGGAUGUGAUCCUUCAGGGAUCACAACCUCCUCCAAAACUGCUCCACCACUCAGCUCUUCUAGGAGAGAGCACUUAGGAGGCUCUUGGUAGGCAGAAAGUUUCAGGCAUGGCCAGGCUUGGCCGAGGCAGGACCUAAAAGCUCCAGAGAGAGGGCGCCCAUGCAACUCCUGGGAUCACAGCCGGUUAGACACUGAGAUCAAGCCAGUUCUCCCAGGGGCAUGACACCCACCAGGGCAGGCAUGCCUGAGCUCUUCUUUACUGCCAGCCUCGAGGAGAGCAGAAUUCCCUCCCCUCACCUCCGCCCCUGCCUUUAAAGACAAUAGAGCCCUCUGAGGGUACUUCUUUGGAAAUAAAAUGUAGCACAAUCUUAGACUGCAUUACCAGGAGCCUUGACAUGCCACCAGGGCUCCUGCUCCGCGCCCUGCUGCCCAGGAGACCUGUGUUCCUCCCCUGGGGCUCCAGAGCUCCUAAUACCUCCGAUCCCCAUCUUCCUCGGCCCAGAAAGCAGCAGGGCUUCAGUAAGGCUGCUCUUCUGUUUCUCUGAUUGCUUCCUGCACUGUGCAAACUCUGCAAGACAUUUCUGCCUUUGCUUGAUGUUGUAAUGAGUUGUCCUCCACCGGGGUGGAGGGAGAUGGCCCGUCAUUCAGGGCCACGGGGUUGGCCAGCAGUAUUUCUUCAGUGGCUGCAAGGAAAUGAAGAAGAGGAGGCCCACUGCCCUGUCGACCCCUACCUUUCUCUUCCUCUCCUCAGCGUUUUCUUCUCCAAUACCCUGACACGUAAAGAGGGUCUUUAAAAUGCUGCCUUCUGUAUCGGAUUAUCUUUCACUGGAUGAUCAAGGAGGACAUGGGAAUGUGGACACGUUGUCCCCUGCCUCCUCCAUCAAGUCUGCUUUCACUCAGGUCAGAAGAGAUUGGGGCAAAACAAAAACAAUCAUGACUGAAGGGCAGGGGAGACCCACCUGAUCAGGUGAGGCCUGAUGGGGGCUAGAGUGGCCUGGUUUGGCUGGGAAAGGGUUAUUUUGAAAGAGUGCCUGAGCAUCUCAGAGCAAUGUCAGUGAUGCCAAAGAGAGCAACUUGGCCUCCUUGGGCACCAACUCCGUUGGCCUGCCUGAUGGUAGGACCUUGUUCUCUGACAAAGGGCUUAAUCUUUCCAUGUAGCAAAGCAACUCUUCCCCUCCCCCUCAACCCUGAGCUUGGGCUUUUGUGGGCCCAACAUGACUGUGCCUGUGAGGGAACCACACCAGAGAGAGAAACUUGUAUUCUCUCAAGGGCCUAGACUGGCUGGGAGCACGUGCUCAUUGAAAAGCAUGAGUGCUUUGGCAAAAACCUUCCAGUGCUCUGGUUGGAAACUUGGCCAGUAAGGACAGGGGCCUUGGGCCCCCCAAGGAGUUCAUGCCAAUGCCGGGAAAGGUCCCUGGGUCUGGGUUCCGGAGAGCGUGGCUAACAGAAAUGAGCCCUGGGAAUUCCAGAAGCAACAGCAUCCACCCCAUUGGCCAAUGGCCUACAGAGCAUCGAAGGCCGGUCCAUCAAGUUUGCCAGGAACUGCGACCACAUGCAAGACUCCUCUCUUUUCUGGGCCUCCGCUUCCUCAUCUGCAAAAUCAGUUGCUCCACGGUUCCCUCCAGGUUUUAAAAGUCUGAUCUGGCGCUGAUGAGGGUUGUAAACCUGGUGCAUGUGACACCUGGUUCCACGGGCUGGUUUCUUCCAGCCCCGGGUGCCCACACUGGGUGCAGGUCCUCAUCCGUCCACACCCAGAUGCUGCUUCUGACAAGAACUCGGGGAAUCCUAACAGACUGCUUCCACCUCUUUGUAGUUUGUUCUCUCUCCUUUACUCUUGUAUAAUGAUAAAAAAUAAUGAAGGGGUCUCUACAAUGGACAAUUUUCAAGGUGCUGAUGUGAUGUCACAACCUCAGCUGCAUCCUGUGUAGGUCAGUGUCCCCACCAGCGGAAGAGCCUGGGUUGGUCCUCAUUUCUCCUUCUAGAAUGAUGUCGGUGGGAGAGUUGAACACCUGAGAAGUGUAAAGGAAAUGCUCUCUGAUGGGAAGAGAGAGGGAAUUUAUUUCCCUUCCAAGUAUUUUCCUUCUUAAACCACUCCUCCCACCAGAAUGUCUUUCACCAGAUGACAUCUCAGCAGGCAGAGUGGCUGCUUCUUUAGGAAAAAGUUGGCCUGAUGGUUCUUGCUACUCCUUUAGAAUGUAAAUUCACAGGAGGCAGGAACCCCUUUUUUUAGAAUUUCCAAAUGCAUCCUGCAAAGAAAGAGAUAGCUGAUAGGGACUGACAAGCACACUGUUUAGAUAAGAAGCAAUUAGCCUUUUAUAUCUGUGUUCUAUACAUUUUCUAUGUGCGGUAUCUUUCCAAACUGUGGCUCCCGCGUGGCAGGUGGACGGCUGGGAAGGACUUGCCGGCUGUUCCGUACAAUGUUCUUGCCAAUUCCCUCGAGGAGGAAAUUCUUCACAUGGCUUUUGCAUGUACAGUAUUUGGGCAGCAAAACAUGAUUAAAGUCAGUUUGAAAAUGGU